AUGGCUGCAUUGCACUCUAUUCCUCCCAGGGGACCAAGCUUUAUGAAUCAGCAACUUUUGCCUUCAGCAGCUAUACCUAGCAAGUCCCGGCCCCUAUUGUCUCCAAAGGAUCACUUUGUCGAUUCACAAGAUCAAGAAGCUAUGUCGAAUCUAGAGAAUAUCCCCUCAUUUUCUCGCCAAAUAGUACCCUUGGCUGGAAGUUGUAUGCGGAAAUCGCAAUCAAAGCCAGCACCAACGACUUCAUUGUCAUCUUCAAUAUUGGUUGGUCGCAGUGCCCGCUUAUUUGCUGCUCGCACAAACCAGAUACCUGAAACUCCUGUCAUUUUAAGAGCUAGAGUGAUACAUUUACGUCAGGAGACACCUCGAAGCGGGCCCUUGACAAGGAAGCCAGUCUUCCAUGCAUCGAUUGGGAACAAGGUGGUCGUUUCAGAUACAAGUAAUCGGCAUAAAUGUAUGGAACAAGUCAGCAAUGGUGGGUCGCAGGAUAAAGUAAAGGCAGUAUGGCAAGCUGUCUUUGUCAGAUAA